AAAGUAUAGAAUUUGAUACUAAUAUCAAAAAGCUAGUAGAAGUAUAAGGUAAGAAUUGUAUAUAAAUAUGCAACCAAUGGAUAGUUGAUCCAUUGCGAAACACAUAUACUACAUAUCACUUACGUUCCGAAUAACUUAUCAAGGGGAAAAUGGCACAAGCACAACAAGCGAUUGUGAAUAAUGACAAGAAUCAAAUGCGAAAUAAUGCAUUUAUCGACAUGUCAAACACCACCCGUGCAACAGUUAAUUUUUCGAAAGCUCAGAUUUGGAAUGGCAAAGUGACGAGUAAGUAUCCUAAUAUUAGUGCUGGAUCUCAAGGCAACUUUACCCAAGAGGCUGAUUCAUAUGGCUCCAAAGGAGGUGUUGUGUAUUUGGGCAAAAACCUUGCAGGGAAAGAUUGUGGGUGGCUUUUAGCAUGGUCUGCACCCAAUCUUCCCACCUCUAGUAGCAAUAAGGUUUAUGUGAAAUGUGGUCCAGCUGCUGAAUUCAACAAUGUGAAUUGGACACAAGUUCGAGCUAACUUGGAUUUAUCUACUGAUAUAGUUAACUUUUAUGACCCAGUUACUAAGACUGCUAUUCAUGCCAACAUCCAACAAGGUGCUAGCUUUGCAUCAGUUGGUGCAAGCUUUGGAGCUGUUUGAUCACACCAUAGUGGUCAGUGGAUAUGCUUAUAAAGGAGUACUACGUCUUGUUAUAACUUUGUAAUAAUGGGUCACUUUUAUACAUGAAUUGAAUGUUGGAUCC